AAACAUUCCUUUUGCACCCUUUCCAAAGCUCCAUGCCCUUCCCGUAAUGAGGUGACCAGACCUAUGAUACAAUACAAUAUCACUUUAUUUAUCCCAGAGAGAAAUUGGCCUGCCACCAGUCAAAAGAUGUAGUUAUAAGGCAUUGAAAAUGUUGUGUGCAUUAUAAUAACAAUGACUUUUAAGUGACCAGUUAUUGCACAGCACAUAAGUAACAUUACACAAACAUGAAGUUAAACUAUUGAGUCAAAAGGACCAGGAUGAGGGAUGUGCAAAGAUGUUGGGGGUGGAGUCAGUCUCAGUUACCCCACGACACAAGAGAAAGAAGUUGUACAGUUUGAUAACCACAGGGACGAAGGAUCUCCUGUGGCAUUCUGUGCUGCAUUUUGGAACCAGUCAGUUGCUGAAGGUGCUCUUCACGUAGACCAGUGUGUUAUGGAGAGGGUGAGCUGUAUUGUCCAAGAUGCUCUGCAGUUUGAGGAGCAUCCUCCCUUCUGAGACCACCUCCCAUGAAUCCAACUCAGCCCCCAGGACAGAGCCAGCCUUCCUGGUGAGCUUGUUGAUUCUGUUGGUGUCCGCUGACUUCGCCCAUGGCAGCAUAGAAUAUGGCGCUGGCCAAUUGAUAAAACAUCUGCAGCAUCUCACUGUAGACGUUGGAAGAGCGGAACCUCCUCAAAAAGUACAGACGGCUCUGCCCCAGCUUGUACCGUGCCUUGGCAUUCCUGGACCGGACCAGUUUACUGUCAAUAUACUCCUGGGUAAACUGCACAUCCACACCCUUGAUGGAGACAGGGAACAGGCAUGGUCCUCUCCUCCUAAAGUCCACCACUAAUUCCUUAGUCUGUUCAGUGUUGAGCUGCAAGUGGUUCAGCCCACACCACUGUAUACAAUGCACCAAAUGCUGCCUAAUGAAUGAAUGAAUACGUUUAUUGGCCAAGUAUUCACAUACAAUGAAUUUGCCUUGGUGCUCUGCCCGCAAGUGACAACAUAACAUACAGUGAUAGUUAGGAAUGACACAUGAAACAUUAAACAACAAUCUAAGAUCUGAAAAGACUAGGCUUGUAUUCACUAGAGUUUAGAAGGAUGAGGGGGAAUCUUAUAGAAACAUAUAAAAUUAUAAAAGGACUGGACAAGGUAGAGGCAGGAAAAGUGCUGUUAGGGGUCUUGCCAUUAAUUGAAUAUUUUCCCUUAGCAUUCAACCUCCUAUAGUGCCACACCUCACACCUGCUCAGAUUAAACCAUCUGCCAUUUCUCUUCCCACUUCUGUAGCUCAUCUAUAUUGCACUAUAUACUUUGACAGCACAUUCCGUGUGGUUCUCGGAGGUUGCAGGUAGGGAGACUGACAAAAACCUCCGGGAACCGCACGGAAACCUUGGGUGGGGCGCAAAGUCUCCAGAGGUUUCCGUUCAAGUUUCCUAAGUGGGACAGGGGCAUUACUAACCAACUCACCUACGUUUAUAACCAAGUCAGUUAUAUAUUUCACAAACAGCAGCACAAAUCCGGGUGGAACUCCACUGGUCACUAAUGUCCAACUUGAAUAUUGUCCUUCUACCACAACCCUCCGUAUUCUUUCAGUAAACCACUUCUGAAACCAUAUGACCAUGUCACUGUUAAUCGUUAGGGCCCCCUCAUAGAUCCCUGCAGAACUCCACUGGUCACAACCACCAGCCUGAAUAUUAUCUGUCCACCACAACCCUACAGUACGAUUGUUACACCUAAGGUACUGGAAGAGAGAAGGUGGGUGACAGUGAGAAAGGGAGGGAAGCAUGGAAUGCCAACGUCCCCGGGUGUUGUACCUCUUGUGAACAGGUUCACCCACUUAUAAGCUGUUGGGACAGAAGACGUGUUUACACUGAGCGGCGGACUGGCUUGCGAUGCGAAAUGGGCUGUCGAGCCAAAACCAAAAAGGCCUAAGGCAGGCAACGCCAUUGUAGUGGGAGACUCCAUUGUGAGAGGUACGGACAGGGGUUUCUGUGGCAACAGACAGGAUGCGAAGAUGGUGUGCUGCCUUCCUGGUGCCAGGAUCCAGCAUGUCACGGAAAGAGUGCAGAAAAUCCUCAAGGGCGAAGGUGAAAAUCCGGAAGAGGUAGUGCAUGUCGGCACAAACGAUGUCGGAAAGAAGGGGAUGAAUAUUCUGCAGCGUGACUUUAGAGAGCUCGGAAAAAUGCUGAAAAGCAGGACCUCCAGGGUUGUUAUCUCCGGUUUGCUUCCAGUUCCUCGUGCUGGCGAGAGCAGGAACAGGGAGAUACGGGGCCUGAACGUGUGGCUGAGGAACUGGUGCACGAGGCAGGGAUUUAGAUUCUUAGAUCACUGGGAUCUGUUUUGGGGUAAGGGGGAACUGUACAAAAGGGACGGAUUGUAUCUUAACAGGUGUGGGACCAGCAUUCUGGCAGACAGGUUUGCCACUGUUACACGGGUGGUUUUAAACUGAAUAAGGGGGGUGGGGUGUCGAAUGGGAUAGUGGAGGAUGGAGUUAAAGGGAAAGGGUUUCUUAAAUGUGUAAGCGUAGAGACAGAGGGGUGUAAAAUGAGAGUAGAAGCAAUAGGUAGCAAGGUGAAAAGUAAAAGUGUCAUGCCAGCAAAUCUAUGGCAAAAAUCAAAAAGGGACACUUUUCAGCAUAAUAGUAUAAGGGGUAAGAGUGUUGUAAAAACAAGUCUAAAGGCUUUGUGUCUCAAUGCAAGGAGCAUUUGUAAUAAGGUGGAUGAGUUGAAUGUGCAGAUAGCUAUUAAUGACUAUGAUAUAGUUGGGAUCACGGAGACAUGGCUCCAGGGUGACCAAGGCUGGGAGCUGAACAUCCAGGGAUAGACAGAAAGGGAAAGGAGGUGGGGUAGCGUUGCUGGUUAGAGAGCAGAUUAACGCAAUAGAAAGGAAGGACAUUAGCUUUGAGGAUGUGGAAUCGAUAUGGGUAGAGCUGCGAAACACUAAGGGGCAGAAAAUGCUAGUGGGAGUUGUGUACAGGCCACCUAACAGUAGUAGUGGAGUUGGGAAUGGCAUCAAACAGGAAAUUAGAAAUGCGUGCAACAAAGGUAAAACAGUUAUAAUGGGUGACUUCAAUCUACAUAUAGAUUGGGUGAAUCAAAUUGGCAAGGGUGCUGAGGAAGAGGAUUUCUUGGAAUGUAUGUGGGAUAGUUUUCUAAACCAACAUGUAGAGGAACCAAUGAGAGAGCAGGCUAUUCUAGACUGGGUAUUGAGUAAUGAGGAAGGGUUAGUUAGCAGUCUUGUUGUGCACGGCCCCUUGGGCAAGAGUGACCAUAAUAUGGUUGAGUUCUUCAUUAGGAUGGAGAGUGACAUCGUUAAUUCAGAAACAAGAGUCCUGAAAUUAAAGAAAGGUAACUUUGAGGAUAUGAGACGUGAAUUGGCCAAGAUAGACUGGCGAUUGAUUCUUAAUGGGUUGACGGUGGAUAUGCAAUGGAAGGCAUUUAAAGACUGCAUGGAUGAACUACAACAAUUGUUCAUCCCAGUUUGGCAAAAAAAUAAAUCAGGGAUGGUAGUGCAUCCGUGGAUAACAAGGGAAAUCAGGGAUAGUAUCAAAACAAAAGAUGAAGCGUACAAAUUAGCCAGAAAAAGCAGCCUACCAGAGGUCUGGGAGAAAUUCAGAGACCAGCAGAGGAGGAUAAAGGGCUUAAUUAGGAAAGGAAAAAUAGAUCAUGAAAGAAAACUGGCAGGGAACAUAAAAACUGGCUGCAAAAGUUUUUAUAGAUAUGUGAAAAGAAAGAGAUUAGUUAAAACAAAUGUAGUUCCCUUGCAGUCAGAAACGGGUGAAUUGAUCAUGGGGAACAAGGACAUGGCAGACCAAUUGAAUAACUCCUUUGGUUGUGUCUUCACUAAGGAAGACAUAAAUAAUCUGCCGGAAAUAGCAGGGGACCAGGGGUCAAAUGAAAUGGAGGAACUGAGUGAAAUCCAGGUUAGCCGGGAAGUGGUGUUAGGUAAAUUGAAUGGAUUAAAGGCCGAUAAAUCCCCAGGGCCAGAUAGUCUGCAUCCCAGAGUACUUAUGGAAGUAGCCCCAGAAAUAGUGGAUGCAUUAGUGAUAAUUUUUCAAAACUCUUUAGAUUCUGGAGUAGUUCCUGAGGAUGGAAGGGUAGCUAAUGUAACACCACUUUUUAAAAAGGGAGGGAGAGAAAACGGGGAAUUACAGACCAGUUAGUCUAACGUCGGUAGUGGGGAAACUGCUAGAAUCAGUUAUUAAAGAUGGGAUAGCAGCACAUUUGGAAAGUGGUGAAAUCAUUGGACAAAGUCAGCAUGGAUUUAUGAAGGGUAAAUCAUGUCUGACGAAUUUUUCGAGGAUGUAAUCAAGGUCCCACAUAAGAGAUUAGUAUACAAACUUAAAGCACACGGUAUUGGGGGUUCAGUAUUAAUGUGGAUAGAGAACUGGCUGGCAGACAGGAAGCAAAGAGUAGGAGUAAACGGGUCCUUUUCACAAUGCCAAGCAGUGACUAGUGGGGUACCGCAAGGCUCAGUUCUGGGACCCCAGCUAUUUACGAUAUAUAUUAAUGAUAUGGACGAGGGAAUUGAAUGCAACAUCUCCAAGUUUGCAGAUGACAUGAAGCUGGGGGGCAGUGUUAGCUGUGAGGAGGAUGCUAGGAGGCUGCAAGGUAACUUGGAUAGGCUGGGUGAGUGGGCAAAUGCAUGGCAGAUGCAGUAUAAUGUGGAUAAAUGUGAGGUUAUCCACUUUGGUGGCAAAAACAGGAAAGUAGAUUAUUAUCUGAAUGGUGGCCGAUUAGGAAAGGGGGAGAUGCAACGAGACCUGGGUGUCAUGGUACACCAGUCAUUAGAAGUAGGCAUGCAGGUGCAGCAGGCAGUGAAGAAGGCGAAUGGUAUGUUAGCAUUCAUAGCAAGAGGAUUUGAGUAUAGGAGCAGGGAGGUUCUACUGCAGUUGUACAGGGUCUUGGUGAGACCACACCUGGAGUAUUGCGUACAGUUUUGGUCUCCUAAUCUGAGGAAAGACAUACUUGCCAUAGAGGGAGUACAGAGAAGGUUCAUCAGACUGAUUCCUGGGAUGUCAGGACUUUCAUAUAACCAUAUAACAUAUAACAAUUACAGCACGGAAACAGGCCAUUUCGGCCCUACAAGUCCGUGCCGAACAACAUUUUUCCCUUAGUCCCACCUGCCUGCACUCAUACCAUAACCCUCCAUUCCGUUCUCAUCCAUAUGCCUAUCCAAUUUAUUUUUAAAUGAUACCAAUGAACCUUCCGACACCACUUCCACUGGAAGCUCAUUCCACACCACUACCACUCUCUGAGUAAAGAAGUUCCCCCUCAUGUUACCCCUAAACUUCUGUCCCUUAAUUCUGAAGUCAUGUCCUCUUGUUUGAAUCUUCCCUAUUCUCAAAGAGAAAAGCUUGUCCACAUCAACUCUGUCUAUCCCUCUCAUCAUUUUAAAGACCUCUAUCAGUCACCUGCCUCCAACCCGACAAACAGCCAUCCACCAUUACCCUCUGGCUUCUCCCAUUCAGCCACUGUUGAAUCCAUCUUGCUAUUCCGGCAUUUAUACCCAACAGUUUAACCUUCUUAACCAACCUUCC